UGUUGAUUUGACAACUAUUGACAGUUGUUUUUAUUAUUAGAAUACUUUUACAUAACUUUUUAGUUUCUAUCGAACUUCGAAAAUGACGACCUACAAGGAUAAAAUUAACGAUAAGUUUAACCAAUUCACGUCGAUUAUGGAAGCGAACACAAGGGGAGUGAAGAUCAGUUGUUACUCCAUUGCCUUGCUGGGUUUAACUGUAGCAGUACGACGUGUACGACCGUUUAGUAGGUUUAAAAGGCCAUCUGAUAUCCCAUCACACUUUAUUAAAGAAAGUAGAGAACUCACCGGCACAGUUGAAGGCGUAGACCCUACCAAAGGGUUGUUAUUAAUCAACCACAAGCCUCUCUUAGAAUUACCAUUUACGAGUCCAGGUGCACUACCAGUAAAAUUGUCGGGGGUUCACGUGAAGGGGCAUGGAAUUAGUUGGCUGCAAGCGAUCGUGCGUGGUUCUCAAGUCAAAUUCAUUCCAGUUCUCAAAGAGAAAGAUUGGGUUCAGUCAGAGGUCUCCCUUGACCAACUUGCUUAUGAUAAAAAGUGGAAAACUAUUAAUGUAGCAGAAUCACUAGUGGGCAUAGGCUUCGCAGAUAUGGAAACACCUGCCAUAGGUUCAAAAAGGUAUUGUCAGCAGUUGCACACUGCAGAAAUACAAGCUGAACGUAAAAGAUUAGGUUUAAGGUACUAUGUAAAACCUACCAGAGAGUUUGUAUUAAAGCUAGGUAGAACAAUGUAUCAUUUCUUUGCAAGUAGAACUGCCAAGGUUGUAGCGGUAAGAUAAGUUGAAGUUUUGUGCCAAUACAUGACUUAAUUUGUUUAAUUACAUGUGCUCACACUUAACUAAGUUAGUGCCUUACGUUUUUAAGCUAAUUUUGUUGUAGCUUUUCAUAAUAAAUAUAUUUUGCUAUGUUA